AUGACUGUACACAUCUUCUCACACUUGCCUGAGUUCGCACAGGGAGGCCUGUACAUUGCCUCCUACCUGCUAAUCACCCUUGGGGCCACCUCCUCCCGCGGUGCCCAGGACAUCAAGAAGAUUCUAGACAGCGUGGGCAUAGACCAACUCAACAAGGCCAUCAGUGAGCUGAAUGAAAGACACAUUGACGAGGUCAGGGCCCAGGAGGUUGGGAAGCUGGCCAGUGGGGCUGCUGGUGGGGCUGCUGGUGGGGCUGCUGGUGGGGCUGCUGGUGGGGCUGCUGGUGGGGCUGCUGGUGGGGCUGCUGCGGAGGCGAAGAAAAACAAGAAGGAAGAGGAGUCUGAGGAGUCAGACGAGGACAUGGCAUUUGGCUGGUUUAAUGACAUUCCUGCUCCUGUGCAAAUAAGGCCUUUUAAUAUAGCUUGA